AUGACCAAGCACAACAGCAACCACUGCAGGUUGGCCGUGGCCAAACCUCCCACCAGUCUCUGGACCACCAACCAAACUGUCGCCUUCCCCAGCUCGAACAAGCACAACACCGACUACACAAACUGCUGCGGUGCCACCGCCAAAAUCACCUCGUACCACACCAACUGCUACAAGUUCUGCAGCGUCGAGGCCAAUCAGACCGAAGUCAAGACCUGCCUCACUGACGUCGGCGUUAAAGCCGUGGCCUUCAACAAGACCACCGAUACCGACACCAGCAGCGCCCCGAUGCGCGCCAGCCCAAUGUCCAAAUCAGCCAUCGGUCUUACUUUGAUGGUUCUGGCCAGCUGUGCGAUCGGAACUCUGUGA